AUGGAGAAGUUCAGGUCCACUUCCUCGCGCCUGCCCCCGGCCAUGGCGCGCUUCGUCGCCGCGCGCGGCGGCAGGAACCUGACGGAGUCGCAGUACAGGAUGACCGUGUUGGUCAUCACGUUCCUGUCCUACAUGAUGUACCACGCCAGCCGCAAGCCCCCGUCCAUCGUCAAGUCGGUGCUGAACCCCACGGAGGAGCAGAGGGCGCUGGGUGAGCGGGGUUGGGCGCCCUUCAACGGCCCCGACGGCAACCGCCUGCUGGGCCAGACCGACGUCGCGUUCCUCGCCUCGUACAGCAUCGGCAUGUUCUUCUCGGGUCACAUCGGCGACAGCAUGGACCUGAGGGUGUUUUUGACGUACGGCAUGAUCGGAAGCGGAGUAUUCGUGUGUAUGUUCGGCAUGGCGAGGGCGUGGGAGAGGCACGACAUGUUCUACUUCAUCUUCGUGCAGGUGUGCGCGGGAUUGUUCCAGAGCACGGGGUGGCCGUCGGUGGUGUCCAUCAUGGGCAACUGGUUCGGCAAGAGCAAGAGGGGGCUCAUCAUGGGCGUGUGGAACGCGCACACGUCCGUCGGAAACAUCCUCGGUUCGCUCAUCGCGUCCAGGAUGCUCAGGUACGGCGACUGGGGCGCGGCGUUCACCGUCAACGGCCUGCUCACCAUCGCCGUCGGGCUCCUGGUGCACGGCUGGCUCGUGGUGUCGCCCGAGGACGCGGGCUACCAGUCCCCGGCGGGCACCGCGGGCGACGCGUCCAAGGGGGAAGGGGGCAUCAUGGCAUCAUCCGACGGUGACGCGCUGAAGCCCGCGAUCGAGGGUGCGCAGCAGAGGCGCAAGCCCCAGGCGGCGGGGUUCGCGGCGGCGCUCAAGAUCCCGGGCGUCGUCACCUUCUCGCUGUGCCUCUUCUUCACCAAACUGGUGGCGUACACGUUCCUGUACUGGCUCCCGUUCUACAUCGAGCGCACCGAGAUUGGCGGGGAGUAUCUCACCGCCGCCAAGGCUGGCGAGCUGUCCACGCUCUUCGACAUCGGCGGCGUCGCGGGUGGCAUCAUCGCCGGGUACGUCUCCGACCGUUUCAACGCCAGGUCGCUCACAUCCGCCGGUUUCGUCUACCUGUCCAUCCCGGUGCUGUACAUGUACCGCGAGUACGGCAGCAUGAACAUGACCGCGAACGUGUUGCUGAUGAUGCUGGCGGGUGCGCUGGUGAACGGGCCGUACGCGUUGAUCACCACGGCGGUGAGCGCCGACCUCGGGACGCACGAAUCGCUCAAGGGUAACGCGAGGGCGCUGGCGACGGUGACGGCCAUCAUCGACGGCACCGGGAGCAUCGGGGCGGCGGUGGGGCCGUUCCUGGUGGGAUACAUUAGCGCGCACUCCAACGACUGGAAUCACGUGUUCUUCAUGCUGUACGCCGCGGAUCUCAUCGCGGGGCUGCUGCUCAUGAAGCUCGUGAUCAAGGAAAUUCGGCAGAUGCCGAUGAGCUAA